AUGAAGAUCAGUCGGCGCAAUCCGCCAGCUCCAUCUUCCCCGCCCCCGGAUCCAUUCCGCUUCUCUUCCUCCCAACAAACUCUCUCUCCCCCAUCAUCACAAGCACAAGCACAAGCUCCCAUCAUGGUCUACCGCGGGCGCCCGAGCAAAGGCUGUCAUGGCUGCCGAUCUCGGAAGAUCGCCUGCGACCAGACCAGGCCAUACUGUCUGCAGUGCGAGCGCGACGGCCACGUCUGUCCCGGCUACCACGACACCCUGUCGUUGUUGUUCCAGGACGAGAGCCUGCAGACGGUGCGCAGGCCGACUGCUCCUAAAAGGAAAUCGAAACCGAAGGCGACGAAGAAAUCGCGCGAUGCUGGCGACGCGCAGUCUGCAGGCUCAGGCUCAACUUCAGCUUCAACCCCGAGUACACUGGACCGACGGCCGUCAACAGUAACAUCGAAAUCAACUCCAACAUCGGAAUCAACACCGACCUCAGAAUCUGCAUCGAAUUUUCCGUGUUUCUGGCAAGACGGACAAACUGCUCAAUUAGAGAUGCUACGACCGUCGUACCAGCCGACCCGCGACGAAGCGAUCAGCUGGUUUCUGCGCCACAAUGCAGGGUCCGGCGCGCUGUUCAUGAUCGAUUUCGACCCGGGGGUCCUCGGCCGGACGAAUGUGUCACUUGGCGAAAGGACCAGGAUGGCGAGCUUGGUUGCUGUUGGGUCGGCAAUGCUGGCUCGAGCACGGCGUGAUGGAGGGUGUGCUCUGCAGUUGAAACAGAAUGCCACGCGGGAGUACAGUCGGGCAAUUACUCUCAUGUCGCAGGCUGUCACAAACUCUGUCGAAUCGAAGAGUAAUGCGACAUUAUCGGCUGUUCUGUUACUGGCGAUUUUUGAGGUUAUCACGAAUCGGACGAUGGGCACAGUCGAAAGCUGGACGAGACAUAUCUACGGGGCUUCCGCAUUGCUGGACAUGCGAACCCAGGAAGAACUGCAGAAUACAGAAAGUCUGAGUAUUUUUAUCCAGUUGCGCUUUCAGAUUAUCAUAAGCUGCCUGCAAUGCGGACUCCCCGUCCCCGAAUCCCUCCUCGACUGCAACAAGAUCGCGAUGUACCUCCGCCCCCAGAUGGAAGGCUACUGCGACCGCGUCAUCUCCAUCACCGGCCAACUCGCCAAUCUACGCGCCGAGAUCAUCAGCGGUGGCCUAACAGACACCGACGAGAUCCUCUCACGAGCCUACUCCAUGGAAGCAGCCCUGACAGCGUGGGUUGCCUCAGCACCGCCCGAAUUCCUGUAUACUACGAUCGAAUUCCCAUCACAACCACAGCCAGGAUCCUCCUGCAGCACAACAUCCGGCUGCACCCCACCCCUGUACAACAACCGCUACCACCUGUAUAAUGACCUCUGGAUCUGCCACACCUGGAACCAAUACCGCUACUCACGCAUCCUGCUCUGCGAAAUCAUCAUCGGCUGUCUCCGCCGCAUCUCCCGACCGGCUGGUCUGGUUCCUGGGAAGGACCUGCAACGCCAGUGCGCCGGACUCCGAAAGACAACCCGCGAUCUGGCAUUAGAUAUCUGCGCCAGUGUUCCCUAUCAUCUUGGGGCUGAUACGCUCCUAAGCUCCGGCCGGGGACUUCCUGCAUCACAGACAUACAUCGGUGCGAUGCUGCUGCUUUGGCCAUUAGCCGUCGCGGGCGCAACAGAAUGCAAAGGACACCCGGUGCGGCUGUGGGUGAUCGAAUGCUUGAAUAUAGUCGGCUAUGCCAUGGGCAUCGACCAGGCCCUUGCAGUUGUAGAAAUCAUGGAGAUCGAGGCUGGGUAUUUCGAGGACCUGGGCGAGGCGGAGGACGGCAGUAUCGUUUUUCUGGAGACAGACCGGGCGCGGAACAAUCGGUUUGUUAUUGGUGCUUGGAGUUCGAUGCUCAAGGCCUGUUAA